AUGAAGCUGCCUGCAGCCAUGUUCCUGAUCAUGGUCAGCUCCGUGUGGCUGCCAGUAGGUGCAAACUCUGCUCAGUACUUCUGCGGCAGGGCUCUGUCCAAUGCUUUGGCGAGUCUGUGCCGGACACACAACAUCGGCAAGAGAUCCAGCAUGGAUGUGGUUGUGAACUAUAUCCAGGAGACCGGAUGGCCCUGGUUGCCUCCACAGGCUAAGGCCUUCAAGAAGAAGAGAAACGUCUCCGGGGUGGCCACUGAAUGCUGCGAGAAACCCUGCACCUUUGACGAACUGCUCGCUUACUGUUAAAGUAUCCUCUCUCUUUUAAAAGUCCCUUUAUUAUUCCUACCUCUUAAUUUACUCAUUACUGUAAUC